GCUCGGAGAUCAGGGGAAUCCGAGUGACAUCCAGGGAGUAACUGGAGCGGCAGAGAGCUACUCCGCUCCAGUGCCGCGUCGUGGAGUACAACGGUUCGAUCGACAUGGAGGCCAAGGCCGCCGCCGUGUCCCUGUCGGCGCCGCUGCCCUGGUGCCGCGUCGGCGGUAGCAACGGCCCGCUCGCGUGCUCUGCCUCUGCGCGGAGAUCGCGCAGGUGCGGGUACCACCAUGGCGCGCCCCUCAGAUCACUCGCUCGCCCCUCCUCCUCUGCCCGCUCCUUCCCCGCCGGCCGCGUCUACGCUAUGGCCGCGGCCGCAACGGCGCCGGUGAAGGAGCAGGACCUCGUCUUCGUCGCCGGUGCCACGGGAAAGGUCGGCUCCCGGACCGUAAGGGAGCUCAUCAAGCUGGGCUUCCGCGUCCGCGCCGCCGUCCGGAGCAAGGAGAGAGCGUCGCCCCUCGUGCAGAGCGUGGAGCGGCUGGAGCUCGGCGAAGGGAGCGCCCCGGCCUCGAGGCUGGAGCUGGUCGAGUGCGACCUGGAGAAGCAGGGCGAGGCGGGCAUCAAGGCGGCCAUCGGCGACGCGGCGCUCGUGGUGUGCUCCAUCGGCGCCAGCGAGAAGGAGAUCCUCGACGUCACGGGCCCCUACCGCAUCGACUACGUGGCCACCGCCAACCUCGUGCGCGCCGCGGCCAAGGCCGGCGUCGAGCACUUCGUCCUCGUCACCUCCCUCGGCACCACCAGAUUCGGGUUCCCGGCCGCCCUCCUGAACUUGUUCUGGGGUGUACUGUGCUGGAAGAAGAUGGCGGAGGAGGCGCUGGUGGCCAGCGGCGUCCCGUACACGAUCGUGCGGCCGGGAGGCAUGGAGAGGCCGACGGACGCGUACAAGGAGACGCACAACCUGGUGGUGUCGCCGCGGGACACGUACGUCGGCGGCCUGGUGUCCAACCUGCAGGUCGCGGAGCUGAUCGCGUGCGUGGCCAAGAACAGGAGGGCGGCCUACUGCAAGGUGGUGGAGCUCGUGGCCGAGACCACCGCGCCGCUGCUGCCCAUGGAGGACCUCCUCGCCGGGGUCCCCUCCGACCCCGGCAGGGCACCGCCCCCUGCUCCCGCGGCUCCGGCCGUCGUUGCCGAGGCGCCGAAGGAGUCGCCUCCAGCAGCUGCGGCGGCACCAACACCAGCUGCAGUACCUCCAGCACCGGCACCGGCACCGGCAGCGUCGGUGGCACCCCCAGCAGCUGCAGCACCUCCAGCAGCGGCACCACCACCAGCUGCAGCACCUCCAGCACCGGCACCAGUUGCAGCAGCAAAAGCAGAGCGGCCGCUCUCGCCAUACGCGGCGUACGAAGAUUUGAAGCCGCCAUCGUCCCCAACACCCAGCUUUAGCAGCGGCACCACCGGUCAGGCGGUGAAGGAGUCGCCUCCUGCACCGGCACCGGCACCAGCUGCUCCGGCUCCUCCUCCCCCGGCUGCUCCUGCUGCUUCUGCAAAGCCACGGCCGCUCUCACCUUACGCGGCGUACGAGGGGCUGAAGCCACCGUCUUCCCCGACACCCAGCAGGAGCAGCAGCAAGAAAAACGAUGACGGCGAUUCUCCAUCGCCGCCGCCCACUGCCGCCUCUCCGGAGGCAGCAACCAGCACCACUGCCGAGGCGGCUGCAGCCGAGCCCUCCUCGCCGCUGUUGGAUUCCAACGCCAACGGCGCUCCCGCCACCGCCGCCCCCACUGCUGAUCCAGGGCGCCCACUUUCACCAUACGCGAGGUACGAAGACCUGAAACCUCCAACCACGCCCACUCCAUCCGCCCCCAAAGUAUAGAACGGCUGGCCGGCGGUUACUUCCAUUUACUUUUCCUGCUCGAUCGGCGGCUAUGUCCGAGUGCGAGCUCAAGGCACGUGUGUAUGCCAAUUUUCCUUCUUCGAGAAAUACAAAUAUACACGACGAUGACAAGAUGCAUAUGUAUAUGCAUGUAUAUGAGAACACCCGCAAACAGCCGACGCCAUGAGACAUGAACUAACCUUUGGAUUGCACCAAAGAACGUACAACUUGUCUGUGUA